UUUAUUUUAUUUGAAGUAAGGUUACAGUAGCUGAUUCCUGAUCGUAGCAGUGAGACACAGUGAGCGUUAAGUAACUGAACGGCUCGGAGUAUGAAUUUAUUCGCUGACUCAGAUCACCGGGGAUCUGCCUUUGCAGCUUCUUUCACAGAGCUGCUCUGAGAGACUUCCUUGUUAUAUUUUAACACCCACUGUGACGUGCAGUAUGCUUCAAAUGUCACACUACCUUCCCCUUUUUAGUUUUUAAAACUGUCAUGCAUGCCUUUUCCUCUAAGUAGGUAGUGCCUGUCUGGCAAGAAGUCUAGUCUAACAAGGACAUAAUCAGGCAUACAGGUAACUGUUAACUACAUUUUGUAGACAAAACCGUUAACUACAUUUUGUCAUGGCUGUGGUGUUACUCUUUGCUUUGCUGCUUUUACCCGUCUACCUGCAAUCCUCCGGAGCUCUGCCAGACAUAGACAACCAAGUCUUCAUCGAUGACUGUGUGACAGUUCAUAACCAAUUCCGCUCCCGGGUAAACCCGCCUGCAAGUGACAUGCUCUAUAUGACUUGGGACGAGGCUUUAGCUAAAACAGCCAGGGCCUGGGCAAGGACCUGCCAGUUUUCCCACAACAUAUACCUGAAGCAGGCUGGGAAAGUGCAUCCGACGUUUACUCCAGUUGGUGAAAACAUCUGGGUGGGAGCACCUUCUUCCACCUUCAGUGUGUCAUCUGCAAUAGGGAGCUGGUACAAUGAAGUGAAAGACUAUAGUUACACUGACAGAAGUUGCAGCCGUGUCUGUGGACACUAUACUCAGGUUGUCUGGGCUAAGAGUUACAAGGUUGGCUGUGCUGUUCACAUCUGUCCAUCUGGGAUUGCUGGAUUCAGUACUAAUUCAAUUCCUGAUUCUACAAUCUUUGUCUGUAACUACGGAGAUGCAGGUAAUUUCCCAACUCAUCCUUAUUCAGCUGGAGCGGAGUGCAGCGCGUGUCCUGGUGAAACGUGUGGGAACAAGUUGUGCAAAAAACAAACUCGAGAUCAAGCUAUAGCUUAUCCCAACUGGAAUCCUGAUUUCGGUUCUGGUUCUGGUGCAGCUUCAUCUGCCACAUGCAACUCCUACUUCCUGGCUGUUGUAAUCACAAGGCCUUUAGCCCUCGUUCUCAUAAUAGCAGCAGUAUACGGACUACAGCUAGUUUACCCACACAUGUUUGCUUACGAGUGAUCGACGUGGUUUGAAACACAAGACAUCUGCUGAACACACAGGGAGCAUGUAGGGAUUCAUAUAUUAUUUCUUUAAAAACUAUGUAGAUUUU